AUUAUGAGUUUUAUAAUAUUUAUAAUAAUGCCUAUUCUUCUAUAUCCCAACUGGAUAGCUAAAUGUUAUAUUGGUCGUAAAAACUACGUAACCUCAGCGGAGGAGAAAAUUAACUUGCUGGAAAAAGAUAGAGAACUCAUUAUCCUACUCAAUAGUUAUGCACUGGAACUGGAAGACAAGAUCAACGUGCUGCGAGGGGUAGCUAAGGAAUUCAAAAAGCCCUUAGAAGAAGCCCAUGGUAGAGAAGAGGAGUAUUUGUCGAACCCUAUGAACAGGUUGACUCUCCUCCGUCAGAUGCACGAGGAUUGGGAGCCGGUGGAGAAAUUCAUGCAGCAGCCAGUGGGUCAAGCCCAAAUUGAGUCGAUUAUGAGUAUCCAUAAGGAACUUCCAAUGCAAAAUGACUUGAAUGAAGCUAACCAUGCCAUGUUUCGCAUAAUCCAAGCUUAUGGCUUGGAACCCAAGGAUGUGGCCAGAGGAUUGGUGGAUGGCGUGCAAUACAGAGGUAACCUAUCUGCUAGUAAUUGCUAUGCCAUGGGGAAGUUCGCCUUCAAAGCUGGUAAUUACCAAAUGGCUUCCAAAUGGCUUAGCGUGGCAAAGGACUUGUUGAUGGAACAGCCACGUAAAUACCAUGAGUUGAUCGGGGUCACCAUCAUGGAUAUUACCUUGCUACUUGCUCGCUCUUUAAUAGCAAAUGGAAAUAUAAACAUCGCACGUGAUAUGCUGAUGGACGAUUCCAUUCUCAGUGAAACGGGUAAUGUGCUCUCCUUGCACUUUAUAAGGAAUUCACCCAGACCAACCAUUAACGUGGAGCCCUGGGAAUCCGCUGGAACCUUCAAUGAUCUCUGUCGCUCUGCGAGCAGAAGGCAGUCGAAUGAAACUAAGCCCACGAGGCUACACUGUCGCUAUAAUACCACAACGUCGCCUUUUCUUAAACUAGCCCCCUUUCGAAUGGAGGAACUCUCGCUGGACCCUUAUAUAAUGCUCUAUCACAAUGUUCUGAGCGACCUCGAGAUCGAAAAGCUGGAGCAGAUGAGUGGACCGUUUCUGGAGCGAACCAGGGUCUUCCUUGCGGAAAACGGUACCGAACAGAUUGCCCCCAGCCGUUCCGCCGAUGGGGUGUGGCUUCCCCAUCUGGAAACGAAACCCGAAGAUCUGGAAAUUCUAAUUCUAAUUGAACGGAGAAUUGGAGACAUUACGGGUCUAAAUAUGCGCACUGGAGGAAAAAUGCAGUUCCUGAAGUACGGUUUCGGGGGUCACUUUGUCCCACACCACGACUAUUUCGAUUCCAAAACCAGUUUCUUGGAGAUGGCUGGCGAUCGUAUUGCCACUGUUCUGUUUUAUCUUAAUAAUGUGGAGCAUGGCGGAGCCACUGCUUUUCCGAAAAUAAAUUUGGCUGUACCAACUCAAAAAGGAUCGGCAUUGUUUUGGCACAACCUUGAUGGAGAGUCCUACGACUAUGAUAAGCGCACCUUUCAUGGCGCCUGUCCCCUGAUAUCUGGAAAUAAGUUGGUAAUGACCCGUUGGAUUUACGAGUUGGAUCAGAUGUUCCUUUUGCCCACUAUGCAUCCUCCUCGCAGUCGUAACUUUAGCAGAUCUCUUCGUAAUCAAGUGUAA